AUGAACAUCACCUCAGCCGCAGGGAUAAUAUCCCUGCUCGAUGAACCGAUGCACGAAGUGAAGGAAUUUGCCCUGAAAAGGCUCGACACCAUUGUUGAUGAAUUCUGGCCGGAGAUAUCUGAAUCCAUUGAGAAGAUUGAAAUUUUGCACGAGGACAAAGUGUUUUCUCAACAUCAGUUGGCGGCUUUGGUAGCUAGUAAGGUGUAUUACCACUUAGGUGCAUUCGAAGACUCGCUUACGUAUGCUUUGGGAGCUGGGGAUCUUUUUGAUGUCAACGCAAGAAAUGAGUAUGUGGACACGACGAUUGCGAAGGCGAUUGACUUCUAUACACAAAAGCGGAAGGCUAUUUUCUUGGAUAGCGCCACAGAGCUCAUUGAUCCAAGAUUGGAAGCGAUUGUUAACCGUAUGUUUCUUCGAUGCCUGGAAGACGGACAAUACAGACAAGCCCUAGGUUUAGCGCUGGAGACGCGGAGGAUGGACAUCUUCGAACAGUCAAUUAUGAAAUCUGAUGAUAUCCCAGGAAUGCUUCAGUAUGCCUUUACUGUAGCGAUGAGUCUCCUCCAAAAUCGUGGGUUCCGCAGCACAGUCUUAAGAUCACUAGUUGGUCUGUACAGAGGUCUUAAUAUCCCAGAUUAUGUAAACAUGUGUCAGUGUUUAAUCUUCCUUGAAGAUCCCCUUUCUGUAGCUGAAAUUCUUGAUAAACUGACACAUGGGCCUCAGGAAUCAGUUCUUAUGGCGUACCAAAUAGCCUUUGAUUUGUAUGAUUCAGCAACACAACAAUUCUUAGGAAGGGUUUUACAGGCCCUUAGGGUUACAGCUCCAAUUCCAAGCGCUUUAGGUGGUAAACCCCAACCUCAAGGUGGACCCUUCCCUGAAUCCUCCUCAAUGGAAGUAGAUCAGGCACCAGCUGAAGAGUCAAAGAAACCAGAAAGAGAUAUAGAAAGUUUAAAUGAUGAAGAAAAAGAGCAUCAACGAAGAGUAGAAAAACUUAUUUCCAUAUUAGGCGGAGAUGUUUCCAUAGGCUUACAAUUACAAUUCCUGAUUAGAUCUAAUCAUGCAGACAUGCUAAUCCUAAAGAAUACAAAAGAUGCUAUAAGGGUAUCAAUAUGUCACACAGCCACAGUUAUUGCUAAUGCAUUCAUGCAUGCAGGAACAACAAGUGAUCAGUUCUUAAGGGAUAACUUGGAGUGGCUGGCUCGGGCUACAAAUUGGGCCAAGUUAACUGUCACAGCUUCCCUUGGAGUUAUACAUAGGGGGCAUGAGGGAGAAUCGUUGGCAUUGAUGCAAUCUUAUCUACCAAAGGAGGCUGGACCAUCUUCGGGAUAUUCAGAGGGAGGUGGCCUGUAUGCUCUUGGGCUGAUCCAUGCCAAUCAUGGUGCCAACAUCAUUGAUUAUCUUUUAACCCAGUUAAAAGAUGCACAGAAUGAAAUGGUGCGUCAUGGCGGUUGUCUGGGUCUGGGGCUAGCAGCAAUGGGAACCCAUAGACAAGAUGUGUAUGAACAACUUAAAUUUAACUUGUAUCAAGAUGAUGCAGUGACUGGUGAAGCAGCUGGUAUAGCUAUGGGAAUGGUUAUGCUGGGCUCCAGGCAUGCAGCAGCAAUUGAAGAUAUGGUUGCAUAUGCCCAAGAAACUCAGCACGAAAAGAUUUUACGUGGUUUAGCUGUUGGUAUAUCAUUUACUAUGUAUGGUCGUCUAGAAGAAGCUGAUGCACUAGUUCAACAAUUGUUACGCGACAAGGAUCCCUUACUAAGACGUGCUGGUUGUUACACUAUUGCUACUGCUUAUUGUGGCACAGGAAAUAAUGAUUCGAUUCGUACUCUAUUACAUGUUGCUGUUUCCGACGUUAAUGACGACGUUAGACGCGCGGCUGUCACAGCGCUUGGAUUCCUCUUAUUCCGUACACCGGAACAGUGUCCAUCAGUAGUGUCGUUACUGGCUGAAUCCUACAAUCCUCAUGUACGUUAUGGCGCAGCUAUGGCUUUAGGUAUUGCAUGCGCUGGAACUGGAAAUCGCGAAGCUAUUGGACUCUUGGAGCCCAUGGUCAAAUUUGACCCUGUCAAUUUUGUAAGACAAGGUGCACUUAUCGCUUCUGCUAUGAUUCUUAUCCAACAGACUGAAGCACUUUGCCCUAAAGUAACCUACUUCCGACAACUUUAUGCCCAAGUCAUAAGCAAUAAGCAUGAAGAUGUCAUGGCUAAGUUUGGCGCCAUCCUAGCUCAAGGUAUCAUUGAUGCUGGUGGUCGAAACGUUACAGUUUCUUUGCAAAACAGAACUGGCCAUAUGAACAUGCUGGCUGUUGUGGGUAUGCUUGUUUUCACGCAGUAUUGGUACUGGUUCCCACUAGCCCAUUGUUUAUCUUUGGCAUUUACACCGACGUGCCUGAUCGCGCUAAAUUCCGAUUUGAAAAUGCCACAGCUUGAAUUGAAGUCAAAUGCUAAACCUUCACUCUAUGCGUAUCCAGCACCUUUGGAAGAAAAGAAACGUGAGGAAAGGGAAAGAGUAACCACUGCGGUGCUGAGUAUCGCAGCUGCCAGAGCUAGAAGACGCGCGCACGGUUCGGACGGCUCAUCCAGCCUCACAUCCUCUUCGACUUCGAAAAUGGAUGUUGACGAUGAGGAAAAGAAACCUUCCAAGUCUCCCAACCCUAACAUUACAGUUCACGGCAAGUCCGACAAGGAUGCACCUUCCAAAGAUGCUAAGAAGGACGACAAAGAAGGUGAAGAGAAAGAUACAAAAGAGAAGAAGGAACCAGAACCUAACUUCGAGAUACUCAGCAACCCGGCUAGGCUUAUGCGUCAACAACUAAAGGGCGUUACUGUAGUCGAGGGAUCAGGUUUCACGCCACUGAAAGACGUCACCAUUGGCGGUAUAGUAAUGUUGAAUCAUUCUGGUGAUGGAGAACAAGUGCUUGUCGAACCCGUGGCUGCCUUUGGACCCAAAACUGAAGAAGAAAAGGAACCGGAACCCCCAGAACCUUUUGAAUACUUAGAUGACUAA